UCAGUUCCUGAUGUCACCCACCAUUUCCAACUGAUUAUGUUGGUGAUGGAUGAACAGGAAAAGCGAAAACUUGACCGAAAACGUGCCCGGAAUCGAGCUGCAGCCACAAAAUGUCGACAGAAGAAAAUUGAUCGGAUUCAAGAACUCGAAGGAAUGGUAUGUACACAUAUUUUUUUGCUCUUAGUUGAUCUAAAACUACCGACAUUUGAAAAUUUCAUUCCCCAGUAA